AUGUCAUAUGGCAACCAGCACGCCCUUCGCGUCCCGUUACAAGCCCACUCGCAGUUAGCUAAUGCGCGAGCAUCAUCGCAUCAGGGCGACUUACGGCCCGCGCGCUCCUCGGGCUCGACGGCGUCUGCGCACACGCCGCUUGCGCAGCUCCCAGCGACGCUUACGGACGAACAGCUCGCGCGGCUCGACCGCGUUACGCGCGAGGCUAUCGACGAACGCUUGCGUGUCCUGGAGGGGGUCUCGGGCGCCGUGCAUCGGUGUAUCGAAGAGCUGACACGCGUCCGGAGUGUCUUACCUGCGGCUGGACACGCCGGACCUGCGAGCGCGAGCGGACAGACGCAAACACGGGAGCGCCCGGCUGGCCCGACGAGUGAAGCAACACCGGGUGAAGGCUCUGCAUUCCUUGGGCGACAGGCUGACGCGGUCGCGGGUACGCCGAACGGUGCGGCGUCGGCGCCUGCGGUCGGACCCGCCCAAACACCAGCGCCUGCAGGCUCGGAAUCGAGCACAUAG